AUGGAGCUUCUUGGCGUGUGGGAUCUGGGGUACUUGGCGUGGACUAAGGCUACCGAUCUCACAAAACAUGCUCGGUCAAGGAGCGUGAUGACCGGAGAGCAGAUGGCGGCCUUUCACCCUGCAUCCACCCCCAACCCGCUGGAAAGGCCCAUCAAGAUGGGCUGGUUGAAGAAGCAGAGGUCCAUCGUGAGAAACUGGCAGCAGAGGUACUUCGUGCUGAGGGCACAGCAGCUCUGUUACUACAAGGACGAGGAGGACGUAAAGCCACAGGGCUGCAUGUAUCUACCUGGAAGUACAAUCAAGGAGAUCGCCACAAAUCCAGAAGAAGCAGGGAAGUUUGUCUUCGAAGUCAUUCCAGCCUCAUGUGACCAGAGUCGUACAGGACAGGAUUCCUAUGUCCUCAUGGCCAGCUCCCAGGCGGAAAUGGAGGAGUGGGUUAAAUUCCUUAGGAGAGUCUCUGGCACGCCCUCUGGAGCUGUGUUUGGCCAGCGCUUGGAUGAGACCGUGGCUUAUGAGCAGAAGUUCGGCCCCCACCUGGUGCCCAUCCUGGUGGAGAAGUGUGCCGAGUUCAUCCUGGAGCAUGGUCUGAAUGAAGAGGGCAUCUUCCGACUGCCUGGGCAGGACAACCUGGUGAAGCAGCUGAGAGAUGCUUUUGACGCGGGGGAGCGGCCCUCCUUUGACAGAGAUACAGAUGUCCACACGGUGGCCUCCCUGCUGAAGCUCUACCUCCGAGACCUCCCAGAGCCCGUGGUUCCCUGGAGCCAGUACGAUGGGUUCCUGCUCUGUGGGCAGCUCAUGAAUUCAGAUGAGGCAAAGCCACAGCUGCCUGCAGGGCCUACAGUUCCUGUCUGCAACAUCACAAAGCUCUUCACCAGCAGGAGUUUUGAUCCUCAGGCCCAGCAGGAGUUGAUAAAACAGCUCUCUCUUCUUCCCCGAGACAACUAUAGCCUCCUGAGCUACAUCUGCAGGUUCCUCCAUGAAAUCCAGCUGAACUGUGGAGUUAACAAAAUGAGCGUGGACAAUCUGGCUACUGUGAUUGGUGUGAAUCUCAUCAGGUCGAAGGUUGAGGACCCUGCUGUGAUCAUGAGAGGGACUCCUCAAAUCCAAAGAGUGAUGACUAUGAUGAUCAGAGACCAUGAAGUCCUUUUCCCCAAGUCCAAGGAUGCACCUUUAUCCCCCCCUGCCCCCCAAAACGACCCCAAGAAACCUCCAGUUGCACGAAGCUCUGUGGGCUGGGAUGCCACUGAGGACUCUCCAAUUUCUAGGACAGACAGUGCCAGUGACUCAGAUGCAACCAGCCCCACUGGACAACAGCCGAACGACGGGUGUCUAGAAGACAAAACAUCCAGGGACAAGCCAGGAGAUUGGAAGCUGCAAUCACGAAAAAGGACUCAGACACUCCCAAACCGGAAAUGCUUCUUGACCUCCGCUUUGCAAGGUGCCAACAGCUGCAAAGCAGAGAUCUUUAAAAAUGAAUUCUGGUCAUCUUCUUCGGAGGCAAAGGCUGGGGAUGGGCACAGGAGAACGAUGUCUCAAGGCAUGCCGCAGUUUUUCGACUCCCAGCGGACUUCUACCUAUGAUAACGUCCCCACCCAGCCCGGGUCCCCUGGGGAUGAAGCCAGUACACUCUCACCCCAGGCCUGUGACUCCAAGAGAGAUGCUCUUGCCAGCCUAAACUCUGAAACUGGGCCUGGGAAAAAAAUCUCUGGUGAAGAGGAACUUGAAUCUUUGCAGAGGAUGGUCCAGGAGCUGCAAAAGGAAAUAGAAACACAGAAGCAAAUGUAUGAGGAACAGAUUAAAAACCUCGAGAAGGAAAAUUAUGACGUGUGGGCUAAGGUGGUGAGGCUCAGUGAAGAACUGGAGAAUGAGAAGAAGAAGUCAGCAGCCUUGGAAAUCAGCCUCCGCAACGUGGAACGCUCCCGGGAGGAUGUGGAGAAGAGAAACAAGGCCUUGGAAGAGGAGGUCAAGGAGUUUGUCAAAUCGAUGAAGGAACCCAAGAUCGAUGCUUGAGGAUCCCAGGAACCACAGAGACCGCCUGCAGAGACCCAGCAUUGCUGCCUUUCUUGCUGCUAACCAAUAGCCAGGAAGCAACAUCACUCCCUAAGAAGGUAGACAACAUUUGGAGGGGGAAAACAUCACAUUUCCCAAUAAAUAGAUCAGUGGAGUUUGCAGGAAGAUAAGAGUGAGUGGGAACUUGUGUGGACAGCUCUGAGCCCCUGGGGCUGUAUUAGAAAGGAUUGCAUUAUUCCACGGUGGUUUCAGCUGAGUGAAACGGCACCUUCCACAACCGGAUGGCUGUGUCCAGUGGAGACUGACGCAGGCCACAGGCAAUAGGCUGCCCUUGACACAGGCUGGACUGAAGUGUUAGCUGUGUUUCCGUUGUGGAACAACUUGCUUGGUCAGAUAUCUGACUGGGAUGUCUCUGAGACACAGGGGCCAAAAAUAAUAUUCAGCUUUUGAGUUCUCUGCCUUGGGGGUGGGGAACUGUGUUUUGAAGGGCUGCACCUGCUGAAGCUGGGACCCCAUUCUGCCACCCCCCACCAUGAGGCAUACUCUCCAUGGCUGGAAACUCAAAAUUAGUGUUAGGCAAAGACAAACCAAGCAAUAAACUGUAUUUAUGAAAGCA